AUGGAGGGCUCCACCGGCUUCGGGAUCGACUCCAUCCUCUCGCACCGAGCCGGGAGCCCGGCAGGGCAAGGGGACCCUCUGGGGGGCGACGGGAGGUCCCCGCUGGAGCUGAGCCCCCGCUCGGAGGGCAGCAGCGGGUGCCCCUCGCCCCGCUCGCCCGGCCGCGAGUGCCUGGAGGCGGCGGGGCCGCAUCUGCAGCCCGGCCAGGGCUCGGCUCCUUCCCAGUCCCGGACCGUCACCUCGUCCUUCCUCAUCAGAGACAUCCUGGCCGACUGCAAGCCCCUGGCAGCCUGCGCCCCUUACUCCAGCACCAAUGGACCUCACGGCGGGCAGGAGCCGGCGGGCAGGAUCCCCACCAAACCCGGCGAGGACUUUAGGGAGAAAAUGGAAAAAACCACCAGCAGCUCUUCCUCGGAUUCCGAGUACAAAGUGAAAGAAGAAGGGGACCGGGAGAUCUCCAGCUCCCGGGACAGCCCCCCGGUGCGGCUGAAAAAGCCGCGCAAAGCCCGCACCGCCUUCACCGACCAUCAGCUGGCCCAGCUGGAGCGCAGCUUCGAGAGGCAAAAAUACCUGAGCGUGCAGGACAGGAUGGAGCUGGCGGCCUCCCUCAACCUCACCGACACGCAGGUGAAAACCUGGUACCAGAACAGAAGGACCAAGUGGAAAAGGCAGACGGCGGUGGGCCUGGAGCUGCUGGCCGAGGCCGGCAACUACUCAGCCCUGCAGAGGAUGUUCCCCUCGCCCUACUUCUACCCGCAGAGCCUGGUCUCCAACCUGGACCCCGGCGCUGCCCUCUACCUGUACCGCGGACCCAGCGCGCCGCCCCCGGCCCUCCAGAGACCCCUGGUGCCCCGCAUCCUCAUCCACGGACUGCAGGGCGGCAGCGAGCCCCCCCCGCCCCUGCCCCCCCUGCCCGGCGUCCUGCCCCGGGCCGCGCAGCCCCGGUGA